AUGGCCCAAUAUGACCAACUGGAAGAUAAACAUUCUGUGGAUAUCCACGAUAACCCCACAGCCCCUGACAAUAUUGUGAAAGAAGAAGACAAUACUGUAUACUUUAUUUAUGAGGAGGAGGUGGAAGUGGAGGAGAAGGAGCCCGAGCCUGAGCCCGUUGUUAUAUUGGUAAAUGACAAACCACACAAGUUCAAGGACCACUACUGCAAGACGCCCAAGUUCUGUGACGUCUGUGCUCGUAUGAUAGUCCUCAACAACAAGUUUGCUCUACGGUGCAAAAACUGCAAGACCAACAUCCAUCACUCAUGCCAGUCCUAUGUCGAGUAUCAGAAGUGCUUUGGAAAAAUUCCCCCAGGUUUCAGACGGGCCUACAGCUCCCCUCUAUACAGUAGUGACCAGACAGAUUCAGCCCACUCCAACCGUAACGACCCUGUGUUUGACACACUGCGGGUUGGGGUCGUCAUGGCAAACAAGGAGCGCAAGAAGGGGUCUGAGGACAAGAAGAAUAUGAUGAUGAUGAUGAUGAUGGAGGAAGAGGAAUCCCAACAACCCAAAGAAAACGAGCAGGCAGAAGGAAAGCCAGAGGGGGAUAAGAAAGGAGACAAGGCUGACAAAGCAGAUGACAAGAAAAAGAAGGAGAUGGGAAACAUGGGAAAUCAGUCACAUUACUACCUGGCUCUGUAUCGCUUCAAGGCUAUUGAGAAAGACGACCUUGACUUCCAUCCUGGUGAUCGAAUCACUAUAAUUGAUGAUGCAAAUGAGGAAUGGUGGAGGGGGAAGAUUGGGGAGAAGACAGGUUACCUCCCCACCAAUUACAUCAUUAGAAUAAAAACGGGAGAGAGGGUGUUCAAGGUGACGCGGUCCGUCGUGGGAAACAGAGAGAUGGGUCAGAUAACACUAAAAAAAGACCAGAUCGUGGUGAAGAAGGGAGAGGAGGUGAAUGGCUACUUGAAGGUCAGCACAGGCCGCAAGCUGGGUUUCUUUCCCACUGACCUGCUCCAGGAGAUCUGAGCCUGACCGGACCACAACCACAGGUCUAGAGUCACACCGUCACCAGGAACAUAACCACAUAUCACCAAACCCAAGACCUAAACACAUGAUGACAUUUACACUAACACUUGUAUUUUCCACUUUUUGGGGCCUAUAGAGCUGAUCUGGUGAAUGUUUGAGCACU